GAUUAAUCCUGACCGUUGGUCGUUGGUCUGCUUGAAGAAUAUGCGUUAAACUUGGAAACCGUGAAGAAUAUCGUGUCCUCUCUAUUCUUAACCUCUUCGUACCGCUGAGCUGCAUCUAAUUUUGUUCGUCUUGAAGAGCUACAUCAACAACACUUCUCACUGAAAGGCGCAGAGUGACACACGUAUCAAGUAUUGCGAGCGUCAGUCUGAGCCAAUCCGUGAUGACUUCCUGCGCUUUCCUCCCCUAUCCAAACAGCAGGGGCGAGGGAACAGCCGCUAUACGGAUGAUCCCAGCUAGAGCAAAACUAGUUGGUUAAACGCCUAGUCUGAUGAUAUGGGGCGAAGGGGUUUUAUGAGGGCUCAUGAGGAAUUUGCUUCGUCUACGCGCUUUAUUAGCAGUUAAAAAGACCUUUUCGUCAAAUGUAAGACGUUUCCGAAUUAUCGGAGACAUUGCGAAGGGAGUGACACUUCUUGUACCUUUUGGAUGGAGGGCAGUCGCGGAAAGCAAUCAGUGACUGUGUGGAUUAACCCGGCGUGGAGAAGGCAGAGCGCGGGGAAGUGCGCGUAAAGGUGCGGCGGCGCCAAGGUCUUCCUGCUGAGAUCUGAUUUGAGUUCUCGGGCGCACCCGGGUUUGAUGCGGACCAAAGCUCGCGUCCGAGCGAGGUGCGUCGACGCGCGGGAGGAGAAUGGAACGGCUUCAUAGGGGAAAACAAGCACUUGGCUUUCUUGAGGGGCGUCGGGCACGUUGCGCAGGAAUUUGACUGUCCGUCAGAGUAGGCUUUUGGGGAUUUCUAUCCAUCACAUCUAAACGGAAUCCAGUGGAUUUUAAAGGUCGUCACCGAAUAUAAACCUAUGCUUUUGGAUAUGGGCUUUGCGAAAUUGGAUGCCUUCAUAUCAAGCGCUCGUUUGCUUCAAAAUAAUUCCGUCCAAAUCUAAUGGAGCACAACAGAACAUUAACAUGGGAAAAUAUGACAAGUGAGAAGAUUCGGUUCCCCUGACCUCGGUGUUUUAAGCAGAACUGGCGUUCCUUCUGCAAGGCGUAAGAACCUGAUUUACAAUGGAAAAACUGCUUGUCUGCCUGUUGGUUUUCGGAAUGGCAGUGAAGGCCCAGAUCUGUCCGAAGCGCUGUGUCUGUCAAGUUCUCUCCCCCAACCUCGCAACUCUCUGUGCCAAAAAAGGGCUGCUCUUUGUCCCGCCCAACAUCGACAGGCACACCGUGGAGCUCCGGCUAGCCGAUAACUUUGUAACCAGUGUGAAACGAAAAGACUUGGGCAACAUGACCAAGCUGGUGGAUCUUACAUUGUCGAGGAAUACAAUAAGCUUCAUCACCCCACACGCAUUCGCAGACCUCGAAAACCUACGAGCCUUGCAUCUCGACCACAAUCGGUUGACCCGAAUAGCCAACGACACCUUCAGUGGCAUGUCCAAACUGCAUCACCUGAUUCUAAACAACAACCAACUGACCCUCAUCCACAUGGGAGCCUUUAAUGACCUUUUAGCGCUAGAAGAACUGGACUUAUCCUACAACAACCUGGAAACAAUCCCGUGGGAGGCCAUUCAGAGGAUGAUCAGCCUACACACUCUCAGCUUGGACCACAACAUGAUUGACUACAUUCCUGAGGGAACGUUCUCCCUCCUUCAGAAGCUCAAUCGGUUGGACGUGACCUCCAACAAGCUCCAGAAACUACCGCCGGACCCGCUUUUCCAGCGGGCACAGGUUUUGGCCACGUCCGGUAUGAUGAGCUCCUCUUCUUUUGCCCUGAGCUUUGGAGGAAAUCCUCUACACUGCAACUGCGAGCUUCUGUGGCUCAGACGACUCAAUCGCGAGGACGACUUGGAGACCUGUGCCUCGCCCUCGCACCUCUCUGGCCGUUACUUCUGGUCCAUCUCCGAGGAAGAGUUUCUCUGUGAGCCGCCUCUCAUCACCCGGCACUCUCACGAGAUGAGGGUUCUGGAGGGCCAGCGAGUUGCGUUAAAGUGUAAAGCCAGAGGAGACCCAGAACCUGCCAUCCACUGGAUAUCUCCCGACGGGAAGUUAGUUUCAAACACGUCACGUACGUUGGUUUACAACAACGGCACGCUUGACAUCCUGAUAAGCACGGUAAAGGACACGGGAUCUUUCACUUGCAUCUCCUCGAACCCCGCCGGGGAAGCCCAUCAGACUGUGGAGCUGGUCAUCAUCAAACUUCCACACAUUAGCAACAGCACCAACAACAUCCAAGAGCCUGACCCAGGCUCUUCAGACAUCUCCACUUCUACAAGGGCUGGAGCAAACGGCAGCAACCACACGGGCGAUGCCAAGACCAGUCCGGAUAAGAGGGUGGUUAUAGCGGAAGCCACGUCAUCCACUGCGCUCAUCAAAUUUAACUUCCAGAGGAAUAUACCUGGAAUACGCAUGUUUCAGAUUCAAUAUAAUGGAAGUUAUGAUGACUCUCUUGUUUACAGAAUGAUUCCCCCAACGAGCAAAAACUUCCUGGUGAACAACCUGGCCGCUGGGACGCAGUACGACCUUUGUGUGCUGGCCAUUUAUGACGACGGCAUCACCUCGCUGACGGCCACGCGGGUUGUCGGCUGUGUUCAGUUCACCACGGAGUCUGAGUAUCUGCGCUGCCACUUCAUGCAGUCCCAGUUUCUGGGCGGCACCAUGAUCAUCAUCAUCGGGGGCAUAAUCGUCGCCUCCGUCCUGAUAUUUAUCAUCAUUCUCAUGAUACGCUAUAAGGUGUGCAACAGUGGCAGUGCUAGCAAAGGGACGUCAGUCAUCGACGUGCACUCGCAAACCAACGGGGCGCAGGGGUGUACCGUAACCCCCUCCGUGUCUAAACAAGGUGCUUUGAGCUUGGAAGGAGGAGAAGGUUACCAAAAGAGUCCUGCACCUCCUCCACCUUCAGAUUCCCAAACACACACCUCGGAGACCUCGGUCCUGGACUGCUCCACUACCACUUCCCUGGUAAGUCAAAGCUGGGCGACGCCCGGCUCUUCAGGAUCACUAAAGCCAAAGCGCAAACCGGCGCCAAAGCCCGUUCCGGUGGCUGGUGCCGAGACCAAGGUGGAAGCGCUACCUAAUGCGGAGACGCAAAACACCAAUCGCAACAACUCCACCGCUCUGCAGCAACCCCUGCUACCCUUCCCCGGUCCUAUCCCCGCACCCUCCGCCCGGUUCAAAGACACCCCGAUCUUACGGAGGGCACGCCCCUCCGCAUCCAAGUAUAUGACACUGCCUGUCGAAGGAGUGCGGGCCAAACGCAGGUACUCUUUAAACGAGAACCAGUCGAAACAUCACUGCUAUAUCGGCUCGCAGAAGCUGGGGAACAUGUUUUGCAAGCGGAGUAUGUCGGUGAACGGGAUGCUAGUCCAAAUGGCAAACUCAGAUGUAGACAGUGAGAAAACCACAUUUUCCAGUUCAGAGUGGAUUUUGGAAAGCACAGUGUGAAUGUACGACUGGUGUUUUGAAGGCUGUGUGCCUAGAUUUCUCAUGUUGUGUAUGUGCGUUUGUCUGUGUGUGUGUGUGUGCGUGCAAAGGCACUCACAGUAUAUAAAUGUGCGUAUGAAUGCGUGAAUGUGCCUGAAAGAUUUGCACCAUUUCUUUUGUUUCCAUCUUCAAAUCUGCCAUCAUUUCUUUUAUGUUUUCUGGAAACCCAUGAAUAAUGCAGAUGCCUGCCUUGAAGGACUCCUUCCUUUGAAGGUGGUUGAGAUUUACCAAACCCAUACAAACCAUCAGUACAGAAAGACUCACCUCCACCUUCUCUACAAUGAGCAUCAUGGUAAGAGGAAAACAUUGGUGCCUUCCUCUGUCCUCUUGCUACGGGCUCUUACUGGAUAUAAGCUUUGUCUAGGUAAUGUGGAUGGAAAAAACAUGAGAGAUUUCACAAAAAAGCCUUUCUAUUUAAGGAAAUGACAUUUCCUGCAUAUUAUAGAAAACAAGUAUAUAAAGACUUGGUACUGGGACCUGUUAUUAAAUUGAUAUUUUUUAAAAUCAAACAUUUUCUUUUCAGUGACAUUAAUUUUUGCCUUUGUUUGAAGGCACAAAAAAUCCAUGUACAGAAAGACAACAUCUGCUGUGUUCUUAUGUUGUGUAAAAUAAUAAAAAAAUCAAACUA